AAACGUCAGACGUCAAAAAGUCGACCGACCGAGUGAAAAAAUGGCAGCACGAAUAUUAUCGACUUCGGCUCAAUUAUUAAAAUCCUUUCAAAAUCUAAAUAUCGCUUGUAAAACAACUGCAAAUGUAAUUCAACAAAAAGAACUCACCGUCAGCCUCCUGCAGAGUGCAUUGCCAACAGUCUGUGCCACCCGAAGCACAAGUUUCUUCAACAAACUUCCCGCUGAGGAUCUUUGGCGCGGUGUUGUUUCUGUGAGUAAUGCAGGUAAGAAGCGAGGUCGUGGUCGAGGUGCUGGCCGAAAGCUAGUCAAGGACUUGAAUCGAGGACAGAUAAUCGGAGUGGGAAGCACCAAUAUCCAAUGGCCAGGUCUGAAUUCACCCAUCAUUCGAGGCAAAGAAUUGGUCAAGCAACAGCGACUGCCCGACGAUCCGGAGAGGGAGAAGAAACUCAUCAAACUUCGCGAUUCAAUGAGCGGCUUCCGAGCCAUGAAGCUGAGUCCCAUCGACAGGGGUUGGUCGGGCACAAAGUUGCCCGGACGAAGCAUUGGUCCACCAGAUCCAGUGGGCGAAGAUAACUUUGAGGGAUUCGAUACCAUCGUUCUGGAGAACAAAAUUGUCUUCAUCAUGAAGGGCAACAUGGGACGUACGAGGAGGUACUCGGUUCUAUCAGUUACCGGCAACGGCAAUGGUUUAGCUGGCUUCUCCCUAGCGAAGGGUACCGAAGUCCGCGCUGCUCUCAGGAAGUCAAAGAACCGUGCUGGACAGAAGCUAAUGAAUAUCAAACGAUGCGACAAUCACACCGUCUUCCACGAUUUCUUCUGCCAAUUUGGCAAAACCAAGAUAUUUGUCUCGAAGAAACCCGAGGGAUACGGUUUGGUGUGCCAUCGAGCCAUUCAGGCUAUUUGCAAAGUCAUUGGCAUCAAGGAUCUGCACGCCAAGGUUGAAGGCUCAACCAAUCUGCAACACAUUGUCAAGGCGUUCUUCAUUGGACUGCUGCAGCAAAAGACCCACGAACAGAUUGCCGAGGAGAAGGGAUUGCAUUUGGUGGAGUUCCGCAAGGAACUAGGCGGCCUUCCACGAGUGGUGGCCAGCCCAAAUAACUGCCGCAAAAAGGAAGACAUUGAAAUCAACGAAGUAAUGGACUUCAAGCAGUACGCCUUGAAUGACAAGAUUGUGCUGAAGCGAAAGAAGUUUCCACCAUUCUUUGCGAACACCCGUGGCUACGAGUUGUAUCUAAAGAAGAGGGAAUACCUGAGGAACCAGGAUAGUGUGAGAAUUGACUUGAUGGCGCAUUAUGGAGAAUUGAGGAGCUUCCUCACCGACAAAUACCCAGAAUGUCGGCCCAAGAAGUUCCAACGCGAGAAAGAGGAGUGAAAAAGAGAAAAGAAAUUGUUACACAUAAAUAAAUAAGAAAUAUAAAAUUUAAAAAACCUAAA